AUGCCGUUGCUGCUGCUGCAGUGGCGGCAGCAGCAGCAGCAGCAGCAGCAGCAGCACCUUCAGCCUACGCAGGCCUUACCAGUGUCAGCAGCAGCAGCAACAGCAGCAGCGGCGGCGGUGCCCGCAGCAGCAGCAGCAGCAGCAGCAGCAGCAGCAGCGUUGGAGGCGCUUCUGCAGUCAGCAGUUGAAGCAGCAGAAGAAGCACAGGGGGACUGUUUUGCAGCAGCGCCGGCUCAGCAGCAGCAGCAGCAGCAGCAGCAGCAGCAGCAGCAGCAGCAGCAGCAGCAGCAGCAGCAGCGAGACAGAGGCAGCGGCGGCGCCGCAGCAGCAGCAAGUGCAGCAGCAGCAGCAGCAGCAGCAGCAGCAGCAGCAGCAAGGGCAGUAGCAGCAGCAACAGCAGCAGCAGCAACUGCUGCUGCUGCUGCACCUGUUGGACCGCCGGCAGCUGCAGCAGCUCUUGCUUCGCCGACGCUUGAGGUGCCGCCAAGGAUGGUCCCAUUAAUGCUGCAGGCGCAGCAGCAGCAGCAAAAGGAGCAGCAGCAGCAGCAAAUCCAGCACCUGCAUACUCAGGAGAAAAGGGAACAUCAGGGGCAGCAGCAAGACUACCACCAGCAGCAGCAGGAAUACCAGCAGGAGCUGCGCGAGCAGCAGCAACAGCAGCAACAGCUGCAACAGCAGCGACAGCAGCAGCAGCAGCAGCAACAACAGCAGCACCAGCAGCAGCAGCACAGGGCAGAGAUGUCGCCGCGAACCUCUCAAGCUUUGGCUGAACCUUCUGAGAGCAAGGUAGUCCUAGAAGGACCCACACCGCCUCAGGAGCAGCAGCAGCAGCAGCUGCUGCAGCAGCAGCAGCAGCAGCCGGAGCAGCAAAAGCCAGAGCAGCAGCAACAGCAGCAUGAGCAAGAUGACGAACAGCACGAGUGCCCUCAAAAAUGGCUGCAGCGGCCUCAAGAGCAGCAGCAGCAGCAGCAGCAGCUGCAGCUGCAGCUGUACAAAGAGCAGCAAGAUCCGAAGGACGCUUGCAUGCAGCAGCUGCAGGUGUUUAAGGAGCAGCCGGAUCAGCCCGAAGUGCAGCAGCAGCAGCAGCAGCAGCAAGGGGAGGAGCAGCAGCAAGGAGAGAAGCAGCAGGCGUGCGUGGGGGAAGGCACACAUAGUGGCAGCGCCAUUGCUGAGGUUACGUCAGAGCUUGCUGCUGCCCCUGCUGCUGCUGCCUGUGCUGCUGCAGCCUCUGCUGCUGCAGCCUCUGCUGCUGCAGCCUCUGCUGCUGCUGCCGCUGCUGCAGCCCCGCCCACUGUCGUUCCGAUUGGCUCAGCUCCGUCGUCAGAUGCUGCUGCUGCUCCUGCAGCUGCGACCCCAGCAGCAGCAGCAGCAGAUGCAGCAGCAGCAGCCUCUGCUGCUCUGACAGCCCAUGAUGCUGCUGCGGUUGCAGAGCAGCAGCAGCACCAGCAAAGCGGCGUUGAUCUGUGCGUAGCUCAGGAACCAGUGCAGCAUCAGCAGCAACAGCAGCAGCAGCCGCAAGAGCAGCAAAAGCAGCAGCAGCAAGAGCAGCAAGAGCAGCCCCCGUGCGACAAACUGCAGUUGCUGCAAACUGAGCAGCAGAAUGAGCAGCAGGGGCUCCAGGGUCAGCAGCAGCAGCAGCAGCAGCAGCAGCAGAAGCAGAAAGGGGAAGCCACAGGGUGCGACGUUACGGGCAGCAGUGGCCAAGAACCCGCCGCCGCCGCCGCCGUCGCAGCAGCAGCAGCAGCAGCAGCAGCUCCUGCUGCAGCAGCUAUUACGGCUGCGGCCGUUGCUGCUGAUUGCUCAGAGCUUGAUACAAACAGGCAAACAAGCAGCAGCAAAGAGUGCACCCUGUCAGCUGUUCGUGUGCCUGACGCUCCAUGCGCAGCAGCAGCAGCAGCAGCAACGGCGGCAGCAGCAACUGCAACAGCAACAGCAGCAGCAGCAACAGCAGGCCGCCGCCACUCCCCCGGGAUUGGCCAGGGCCGUCGGUUUUUCUCUGCCUUGGGGCUGGUGCGGGGGCAGCAGCAAGUGUCAUUUCCUGCUGCUGCCAGCAGCAGCAGCGCAGCAGUUGCUGCUCAGUCGGCCCCCUCAGAAGGCCGCUGCUCCUCUGUGGCGGAGGCUGAGCGCAGCAGCAGCAGCAGCAGCAGCAGCAGCAGCAGGAUGUACAUGCGGGGGGGCUCCACUCUUUUUCCCCGCGUGCGCUCGCUGCGGCAGCUGCAGCACGACGUUGGUGCUGCUCUCUGCAGCUGGAGACACAACAUUUACAACUGGGCAGCAGCAGCAGCAGCAAACUCUUGGGUGGGGCCGCAGGAGGGGGGGCUGCUGCAGCAGGGGGAGACUGCAGUGGUGCUGGGGAAGGUGUUUUGGGCCCUUGACGAGCAGCAGCAGCAAAUAGUGCGGCGGCACAGGCAGCACCACGCGCAGCAGCAGCUGCUGCAGCAGCAGCAGCAGCAGCAGGCGCGGCAGCACAACCGGGGCGCGAAGAAGCGGGCGAUGGAUUUGGCUGCGCUGUCCGCGGCAGCCACUCCGCAGCCGCCGUCUCCAGCAGCAGCAGCGAGUGCAGCAGCAACAAGUGCAGCAGCAGCAGCAGCAGCAGGAGUUGGGACGGACAGCCCGCUGAGCAGCAGCAUGCAGUCGGAGGCGAUUGAGGCGGAGUGGCGUGCUGCAGCAGCAGCAGCGGGCGUGGGCGGGCUGCGUCUGCGGAACAGCAGCAGCAGCGGGUGGCGCAGCCGCAGCCGCAGCAGCAGCAGCAGCAGCAGCAGCAGCGCGUUGGCGCCGGUCCGCGAGAGCAAGGCGCAGCAGCAGCAGCAGCAGCAGCAGCAGCAGGUGCUGCACCCCCUCUCCGUCGUCUGCGCGUCUGUACACCCCGAAAGGGUGCAGCAAGAGCUCCUCAACUUCGUUUCUUGCAUUGCCAGAUUUACUUACAGAACAGGAUUUUCUCCUCUUUACCGCUGCUGCAGCGAGCGCCGCCGGCCUGCUGUUUCUGCGGAGGAAGCAGCAGCAGCAGCAGCAGCAGCAGCAGCAGACCCCUGCUGCGCGGCCGCCGGCGCCCCCGCCCCCGCCAGCAGCAGCCCCAGCAGCAGCAGCAGCAGCAGCAGCAGCAGCAGCAGCAGCAGGGGCUGCAGCAGACCCAUGGUGCUCGAGCGCAGCUGGAUUGCCAUCACCAGCGACGUGGGCUGGGGCUGCACCAUCCGAGCAGCACAAAUGCUGCUGCUGCAGGCGCUGCGGCGGCACUUCUUCGAAGCAGGGCCUUUGGCGCAGCCAGCAGCAGGCAGCUGCCCGGAGCCGGGCCUCUGGGAAGGCGUGGACAAGCAGCAGCAGCAGCAGCAGCAGCAGCAGCAGCAGCAGCAGCAGCAGCAGCAGCAGCAGCAGCAGCAGCAGCAGCAGCAGCAG